AUGGCAAUCCUCACACUCGUCCUUACCAAGUAUGUUUUCGCGCCUGUAUUCCGGAAGUAUAUUGAGCGCAGAUUUGCGAAGUUCGACCAUCUGUCCAACAUCACGCUGAUGAUCCUGGUCCUGUGCGCUUUCAACUCCAUUGCUUCAUAUGCCGGCACUUCUAUACUGUUUGGAGCCUUCCUUGCCGGCGCUUUCUUGACGCACAUCCCUUCCAAACAUUCCAAAGAACCGUUCGUUGUCAUGAGCAGAGAGGAGGGCGAGCGUCGGAAGGACAAAUCUCCAACUUUUGUUCACACAUUCGAAUACUACUCACAGCUUGCAGUCUUCUUCAUCCUUCAACAUCUAAACAACCGAACAAUGGGUCAAGAUCUCGUACCUGACAAUGUUAUUCUCUCGGCUAUCUUGCCUCAAUCCAAACCAGUCUCGGUUACCAUCCUCACCAAAACGUCUGACACUUGCACGUUCAGGGUGCAAUUCGACACACAGCCAUGCAAGGACUGGUCUAUGGAUCUAGUGGUGCACAUGGAAGUGUUUGAUGAUGUGCCUGUUUUGGAAGUCGUCACUGCCAUUGGGAGAGCUGCGAACCAUCAGUCCCCCGGACUGGUCCCGGAAACGUACAAAUGCGACAACGCGAUGACCGCUGAUGGAAGAGAUGUGGAGUACACAGUCACCAGGUUUCUCACAGCGACUGUGACUUUAGAGUCGGUCUGGCCUUCGAAACAGCGCACAAAGACCUUUCUCUGGGUAACGAAAACCUAUUUCUGGAUUGGUACAUGCUCUUUAAGCGAAAAUACGGUCCAUUGA